UUAACAGCAAAAACAGUGUAUGUUGUCAUGAAUUUUCUUUUUAGCAAACACACGGUCAUGCUAAAAUGGCUGUGCCACAUUUAAAGGAACGUGCACAAACAAAGGCUGCAACCUGUGUUUAUUCACACAUGUACACCAAAAUAAAUCAGAUAAACACUGCCAUCACAAUGAACCUGACUCUAUUUUCCUCUUUCCUGUGCUCUAACUCCCACUCUGUCUGUGGAGUGGCCACUGAGAGAUAAGCCACACCUGUCUGUGAUUAAGGGAAAACGCCCUGCGCAGCCCAAAUUAUAGAGUGAACUCGACUGUUCCACCUUCCUUCAGCCACAUUUCGCAAAUGGUGAUGAGCCUGCGUGUCUCAGAGCUUCAAGUUCUCCUGGGAUACGCAGGGCGUAACAAGCACGGAAGAAAGCAUGAACUCUUGACUAAAGCACUCCACUUAUUGAAAGCUGGCUGCAGCCCUGCCGUGCAGAUGAAGAUCAAGGAGCUGUACCGCCGCCGCUUCCCUACAAAGAUGGUGUCUCCCACAGACCUCUCCCUGCCUGGGGUCCACUCCACGACAGGCGGGGGUCACGGAGGCUUGCCCACCAGUCUGACCCAGCUGGGCUUUGACAGCCACGGCGCUCCCUCGCCUCUGCUGCCUGUCUCACUUUUGGGGCCCAAGCAUGAGCUGGGCCUUCCACACCUACCCUCUGCCCUGCACCCUGUUCACCCAGAUGUCAAGCUCCAGAGGCUGCCUUUCUAUGACACGUUGGAUGAGUUGAUCAAGCCCACCAGCCUGGCAUCAGACAACAAUCAGAGGUUUCAGGAAACAUGCUUCGCUUUUGCUUUGACACCUCAGCAAGUCCAGCAGAUCAGCAGCUCGAUGGACAUCUCUGGGACCAAAUGUGACUUCGCAGUACAGGUUCAGCUAAGGUUUUGCCUAUCAGAGACAAGUUGUCCUCAGGAAGACCAUUUCCCUCCCAACCUUUGUGUGAAAGUGAAUGGGAAGCCCUGUAACCUUCCUGGCUAUCUUCCACCAACUAAAAAUGGAGUGGAGCCAAAGCGACCAAGCAGACCUAUCAACAUUACCUCUCUUGUCCGGUUGUCCACAACAGUACCCAACACUAUUGUGGUGUCUUGGACGUCAGAAAUCGGAAGGAGUUAUUCCAUGGCUGUGUACCUUGUCCGACAACAGUCCUCUUCAGUGUUGCUACAGAGACUUCGGUCGAAAGGCAUCAGGAACCCAGACCACUCUAGAGCACUCAUUAAAGAGAAGCUGACGGCUGACCCUGACAGUGAGAUUGCUACAACUAGUCUGAGAGUCUCUCUACUUUGUCCGCUGGGGAAGAUGCGGCUGAUGAUUCCCUGUCGAGCGCUGACCUGCUCGCACCUGCAGUGCUUUGACGCUACGCUCUACAUCCAAAUGAACGAGAAGAAACCCACCUGGGUGUGUCCAGUCUGUGACAAAAAGGCCCCAUACGAGCACCUCAUCAUUGACGGGUUGUUUAUGGAGAUACUAAACAGCUGUGUAGACUGCGAUGAAAUCCAGUUUAAGGAGGACGGCAACUGGGCUCCAAUGAGGUCUAAAAAGGUGGUGCAAGAGGUAUCCGCCUCCUCCAACGGCCUGGAGGGUUCAUGUAGAUCAGUGGUUUCUGAGCACAGAAACAGUUCAUCCAAUAACAGUAGUAACAGUAAAAAAGUGGAAGUGAUUGACCUGACUCUGGACAGCUCCUCAGAUGAUGAUAAUGAUGACGAGCCGCCUUCCAAACGAGCUUGUCCAUCUCUGUCACCCAUUUCACCUCCAGUCAGCAAAGGGGUGUUAAAUCUUCAUCGGGCAUCACCAGUGACGCGAGCUCCCAGCAUGCCAGCAGUGGAGACAAACUACAUCCCUCCUCCCCCUCCACUUAUUCAGGAUUAUCGUCCCUAUUACCACACACCCAGUGACCUACCAGAGCUGAACUUCUUUUCAUUUCUACAAGGGGAAAAUCAUCCGCAUUACAACAUGGUGAUGGCAGCAGCAGCCGCAGCAUCCGCCUCAGCUUCGGAAGAUCAUGAGCUCCUCCUGAACCGCUUCAUGCCCUACAACUCGCAGCUGUACCUGGACCAGGCGGGCACACCGGUGAGCGGCUCGCUGGCACCAGCCAAUGGCAGUGGGGGGAGCAGCAGUGGUAGCAGCAGCAGCUUGGUGUCAUCCAGCAGCUUGCGGGACGCCCACCCCCACAGCAGUGUGUCCCGCUCACGGUCAGACGCUGCCGCCUCGGUCAUAUACGGCUCCAUCCCCGACGUCAUCUCACUGGACUGACCUCACGAGGGCGCCACACCUGGCCCUUAUCAUUAUCCAUGGGAGUCGAGAGAAGUUCCAUGCACUCAGAGAGGAUUUAAACACGAAUGAGAAAGGGAGAGAAGAGGAGAACAGAAAAAUAAAAGAGAGAACUUUUGUAUAAAGAAGAGAAGAAAAAGAAGAAGAAAAAAUGCUGUACAGAGAAGAAAUAUCUAUUUUCAGUUUUACUUUUGUAUAUAAACAGGACGCUGCCUGCUCAGUGCGUGACUUCAGUUGAUAUUUUUUGUGUGGAUACUGAAGAUGUUUUUUCACUGCUCUGUGUCUCGUCCCUUGAUCUUAUUCUUUACCUUUUAUACUCUUUUUGCUAUUUCGUUUCACCACAAACACUUAUUUUAGUCCUAGUCAUGGAAUUAGACUCAUCCUUGGUCAGUUUUUCCUUGUCUUGACGCAAGACUCUGGCCUCAAAACGUUUGUUUUGUUUUUUUGAGGGGUCAGUAAUGUUAUUUAAGGACACUUUCUUGUGCAGGUAAUUUAUAAGGCUUUAACUUAUGUAGUUUGUAUGCUGUAUAAAAGCAUUUCCUUACGCCAUUACAGGAUCGAGCCAUGAGGCACACUCGAGACGGAAGCGGCAGUCACCCAUUAUUUCAACUUUUGUUGGCAUUUUGCUUUCAUUUAGCUCUCCAAAUGGUUUGCAAAAGAUGUGUGGAUGAAGAGUUAUGGAGAGACCACUGUUGCACAGAUCUCACAUAAUUUAAAAUGAGUUCUUUAUCAGCUGAUCAAUGAGUUGGGGCAGAGCAUCAAAGGUGUCAGGUACUAUGAUGUGAUGCAUUUAUUUAUCUAAUCACCUGGGUGAGUUACAACUGAAGGCUAAAGAAAUUGCAGUAUUAUAUAACCUUGAGACCUUAAAGGUAAAUUAAAUUUCAUUGUAAUUCACACUCAUUUAUGAGGCGACUGGUAAGAGGAUAUUUAUUGUCACUGUCAUGCAAAAACCCUGUAUCUCUGUUUUGUUUCAUUGUGUCAAACUUUCAUGAUGACCAGUUCAGUAGAUUUGGAAAAAAGUAUUGAUUGGUGACAGUGACUAUAUUAUAAUGUUGUAAACGUUAUAUAAGGUGUGCAUGCUCUCCACACACCGGUCAAAAAGAUUAACACGUAUAAACCAGAAAACAUUGAUUUUACAUCUAAAAUCUCAAAGAGGAGAUUGCAAUUGUGUUGGCUAGCAGAAAUCGGUUUAACAGGCAUUGAUUAUAUUGAUAAUCAAGGUUUUCUUCACUGGUUUGGGUUAAGAGUUAAGUUAAUUCUUAUGCAACUCUACCACAGCGCCCUUUCCUCAUAGACUGUGGUAAACAGUCUCAGAGAUGCUUUAAAGGGAUAGUUUAACAUUUUGAUAGUUGAGUCUGAUCAAAUGAGCAGUAAAGAAGAUCUAUAGAAUGACCAUAUUCUGUUUUUCAUCAUUUCAUUCAGUGGGUCGACACAUGAUUUACAUUUUUUAAAAGGGCAGAGUUCUUUAUACCUUUUUUAGGAUAGGUAGUGGCUUUGCCUAAAACCCUAACGACUCCCAACUCUUCGGAAGCUUAAGUGCUUCUUUUGCAUUGGAGAAAUUACAUUUUGUUGAUGGUUUCUAUAAAAGCCUUUUGAAAACAAAGAAAGAGUUCCAUCACAAUUAUGAGUCAAAGGCUACGUUCACAUUGCAAAACCUCAUUAACCUAUUCUAAUAAUUUAAUUUAGUUAUCUUGAAAAUUCGUAAAUGUAAAUGUAGGACCUGUAUCUGUUUAGAUACUAGAUACCAUACACACAAGUGAAUAGCACGUUCAUAGAGUUAAGUGGAUGUAUGAUAUACAAUCCGACUGUUCACACUCAUGCCUACAAUUCAGAUGUCAGAUCAACUGACAAAUAUAAAAAUGAAUCAAGUAAUUUUGAAAAUAUUAGAUUUAAGAUUUUGAAAAUUUUGAAAAAAUGAUCUUAGUGACAAUAGUCUUAUAAUUAGAGUAAACGUUGCCAAAGAACCCAUUUCAGUACUGUUUAGAACCUGACUUUUCUCAAAGUGUGCAUUUGUAUAGUAUUUUCACUGUCAUUAAAUUCAGCUUACAGUUAUUUAAUUUAGUCUUUUUGUAGCAUUUCUUUUGGUCCAUUGAUAAUGAAAUUUGUAUGUACAAUGAAAGGAACAAAUGCCAGACUCAGACUGUCAAAGCCAAAAGCGACUAAAACGGAAAUACUUGGUUUUUGCUUAACAAGAAUAAUAUAAAAAAAAUGUUUAUAUUAUCAGCAUUUUAUGAAUCUUUUGCCCUCAUGAAUUGUCAACAGUUCAAAGAAGAUUUCUACAGCAACAGUUCCACAGACGUUCGGGUUAUUCUUCAGACAACUUGUGACUGGAUGAAGUGGCUUUGUGAAAUUGUGUAGGCUUACUUCAGAAAAACUGCCAUUUCCAAAAAUGUUCAUCUAUCCUUUUAUAGUCUAUGAUGUUUCUGCAGGUGAUCUCACAGCCACAUCAUCUUUCCUGCCCCCUCCCGUCCCUUUGUAUAAAACUGAAUUUAUUUAUUUUUAUCUAUAUAUUAUAUUUUUACUAUCUUUGACAAUUAUGCUUUACUGUCAUUGAGCAUUUAUUUCCUCAGUAAUUAUUUAAAGAGCUCUCGUCACUCGCUUUGCAUUGUUAACAAGUAUCUUUUAUUUGUCCUUGUGUCUCUCAUUCUUUCAUGAUGCUCUUUGUCUGUGCUGUACCAGAUGCUUGAGGCAUCAAUUCCAUCUCCAGAAUCUAUCAUGCUGUGUCAGAUUUGACUUUUUUUUUUGGUUGGUGUUUUUGUUGCUAUUAAACACUUGAACAAUGAAUGCCAGCUGAGUGUGAACAUCCUCUGGCUCCAUUGUGACAUUUAAGAACCUUUAAGAAGUGAUUCAAGACCCCUCGUCAGACGAGACAGGCUGCAGCUCAAUUGCUCACGGUCACUGUGGUCCAGACACUGGCUAUUUUGAAGGCAUACAUUCAUACAUGUAGACCUUAUACACACACAGAUAUGCGAUGCAUCUGAUAAGAAUCAUCACACACAUGCACUGAGGGACCAUGAACUGAUCUCAGCAUCUCCAAAAGGAGAUUACACUGAAUUUAAGCCAUGAAGAUAAGUCGGUCAGUAUCUAGCUUCAGUGAGGGGACCUGUGAUUUAUUCAUUUUUAUGAUUACUCCCCCACAAACACAUACACAGAUAAUUGCCAAGCACACAGUCUUUAUUACACAUAUUGAAACAACCCCCAGUCUUUCAUUAUUUUCAGACGAGAAACAGAAUCAUACCACUAGACACGGGAGUGGGGCCCAUUUUAGCUGUACCAGUAAAGGCUGGCCAGCAUGAGUUCUCUCUGCCUUAAAUUCUUGUAUUAUUUUAUGGUACAUUAUGAGAGAAAUCAUUAUGUAUAUCAAGCCACUAUUGGUUUGUACAAAAUAUCAAAUAAAUUAUUUAUUAUUUGCUUUGGAAUACAUUGUUUACCUAAUGAAUGUCACUUGUUUAUGUAGAGAGCGGUUUAGCUGUAAUAAAACAAAUACAACUAUUAA